AUGUCCUUCAACUCGUCUGAUGUUCCAUCAUCGUUGUACUCGCUAGUCGAUGAGCAUGCUGGCGGCUUGCUUGCGCCAUGGAUCAAAUAUUCGCGUUCAUCCGGAGAUUACAGUAUUUUAGAGGAAUACCUGGACACUGCUGUGAAAUCCUACCUAUAUAAUGGAGGGAAGGGAAAACUUGUAUCAAUUUCUGAACUGGUCAAAAGAAGAAACAAGCAGAGAAAUGCUCAACUCGGUGCUCUGCGAAGGAAGAAGGGCAGAGGCAAAAGCGGACCUAAUAUUUUGGAUGAUAUUAACCAAGACAGGCUGGAUGCCAGUGACUUCCUCAAAGCGCUAAAAAUCCUUGAUGGAUCAAGUGCGCGUGGCAUGAAGGCUUUUAAAUAUAGAGAACUUGUUUGGGAUAUCGAACAUAGAGGUAAAAUGGGUGAAAAUCUUCUCCACAUCUGUUUGCUCCAUAACACCGCCGACAUGAAUGAUCUUGCGAAACAAAUUGUAAUUCGCUUUCCAAAGCUCAUAAAUGAUAUUUUUAUCUCAGAAGAUUAUUAUGGUCUCUCCCCUCUUCAUCAAGCAAUAGUUAAUGAGGAUGUUGAAAUGGUUUAUUUCCUUUGCAAGAAGGGAGCCGAUGUUCACCAGAGGUGUUACGGUUCUUUCUUUUGCGCUGACGAUCAGAAAGCAUCUCGCACGGAUUCACUCGAGCAUGAAUGGGUAGACCUCGUGCAACACACUCGAUAUACAGGUCAAAUGUACUGGGGUGAACUGCCACUUUCAUUCGCUGCUUGCACUAAAAAUCAGGUAGGCUUAAGUUCGUCAGAGUAGGU